GCCACAAUAAACUCGCUUAUAAAAAGAAGUGUGCUUGCCAUUUAAUUUGUUAAUUGUGCCAACUGUGCCAAGCAACGAGCGCCCCCCAAAAAAUAUUAUAACCAUGAACAAGUUCGCUACCCUGGCGAUUCUGCUGUGUGCCUGCCUGGUCGGCACCUGCCACGGAAACUACGGAGGCUACGGCGGACACGGACACGGAGGUCAUGGUGGAUACGGCCAGGAGAGCUCCAACGGAGCUGCCUCCGCCGCCAGCUCUUCGGCUGCUGCCAGUGGAAACGAGGGACGUCGCGGCUAUGAGCGCCCCGUGGAGAUCAUUGCCGGCGGACCCCGUGGUGGUUAUGGACAGAGCCACGAGAUCCUGAGGCCCAUCCACCUGGGCGGCGGCUAUGGCGGCGGUUAUGGCGGUGAGCGUCGUGGUCCCAUCCAGUCCGGCGGAUAUGGAGGCCAUGGACACAACAACAACUACCACCGUGGAGGCUAUGGCCCCCGUUGGACUGUCCAGCCUGCCGGCGCCACUCUGCUGUACCCCGGCCAGAACAACUACCGUGCCUACGUCUCUCCCCCAGAGUACAGCAAGGUGAUCCUGCCCAUCCGUCCCGCCGCCCCUGUGGCCAAGCUUUUCGUGCCCGAGAACGAGUACGGACAGCAGGGUGGUUACCGUCAGGAGGGUGGUUACCGUCAGGAGGGUCCCCGCGGUUACUAGGCGGAUACUUAAUCCCAGCCGACAACCGGGCGGAUACUUGAUCUCAUCCAUGGUCGUGUAAAUAAUAAAUCAAGAAAAAAAAAUCUA